AAAGAAGCUCAAGAGAGCGAAUUUGUGGCUGAGUGUAUCUCUGAAUAACAUUCUUCCACAUCUCUCUCUUUCUCUAACAAAAAUGGUGGAAGAUGAACAAUGAAGAAGAAUCAUUGUUGUUGUUCAUGCAUUAACCCUGUUGUUAUGUUCCUCCCAUGGCCUGUUACAUCGUUCCUUACUACCACUAUCCCGUUUUGUCUCGUCCCAAUCGAAAAAUCAUCGGUCAACAUCACCGUUUCUGCGGCAAGCUCUUGAAGACAAGAAUUAGGGUUCCUAGAAAUUCCGCCAUUAGCGACGGUGGUGUCUCCUACAAUACUUUAGUCUCCGAGGCUGUGAGGAUUUUGGUUCCACAAGCAAAUUUUGAUUCCUCCAAGCUCAAAGUGGAGUUCUUAGGAAAGCUACUGGAGAACAAGACAAGCGGAGGGAUCAUUACGCCGCGUACGUAUAUCCUUUCACACUGUGACUUUACUGCUAACUUAACCUUAACCAUCUCCAACGUCAUCAACCUGGAUCAACUAGAAGGCUGGUACAAGAAAGACGAUGUGGUUGCUGAGUGGAAGAAGGUGAAAGACGAGUUGCGAUUACAUAUUCAUUGUUGCGUGAGCGGCCCGAGUUUAUUACAGGAUGUGGCUGCAGAGCUUAGGUAUCACAUAUUCUCCAAGGAACUGCCUUUGGUACUAAAAGCUGUGCUCCAUGGAGAUUCGGUUAUGUUUAGAGAGAACCCUGAGCUAAUGGAUGCUUAUGUAUGGGUUUAUUUCCAUUCAAGCUCACCUAAAUACAACCGGAUCGAGUGUUGGGGACCUCUCAAGGAUGCUUCAAAGGGAAAGCAGAAAGGAAAUCAUCAAGGCUUCUUGAGUUCAACUACUUCGAGGAAAUUGAUUCGGCCUAAAUCUAUUUUUCAUACCCUAUUUACAUUUCUUCUGUGAGACAAGUUGUACAUUCUCCUUUUCUCUUUUUGCAAGUGAUGUAGAUUUUCUUGAUGAGCAUCUGACACAAGUGCUAUGUUCCAAACAUUCAAUUGUUCAUACUCGGAAUUUUUAUGAGAAUCUUGUUCGCAACCAUCUU